AUGAACCCAAAUUCUACGAAGCAAAGAUUACGGCCAACACCAGCUCAAGUAAAAGUAGUGCUCAGUUUUUUAGAACAGCAUCCAGAAAUGGCUUGGCAGGAACUGAGAAAUGGAAAUGCAGGGUUUCAUAGGAUUAGAAAAAUGUGGGAAGAGCUAACUGAAACUGUAAAUUCGAUUUAUGGGGCACGUAAAAGUGCUAGUGCCUGGAUGAAGUAUUGGCAAGAUAAAAGAAGAAAUGUUCUAGUAAAAAGCAGAUCAAUAAAGCAAGGGAAAGUUCGACUAAACCUUACAUCAGUUGAUAAAAGGAUAAUAAAAUUACAUCAAAUGAGAAGAAAUAAUAAAGUAAUAAUGAACAAGCCUUGUAAUGGAGAAGACAAUUCUGUUGAUUCUGUUGAUGCAUAUGAGGUUCCCAAUGAUGAUAGAAUGGUUACUAAUGAUUGUGAAGAAAAAAGCUGGAAGCUAAUGGGUACAAUGAUUGAUGCAAUGGCAAAACAGGCAGAAGCUCUUACUCAUAUAGGUCAAGAGUCAUUAAAAAAAUCUGAAGCAAUGGAACAAAUCGCAGAAGCGUCCUUAACACAGGCUCUGGCAGUUGACAAAUUAGCAAUAAUAUUUGAUGGAUUCAGUGGCUCACUGUAUGAAGUUAGAAACGCUAUUCAGAGCAUAGACUAUACCAUGAAGAGGUGUUACCCCCCCUAA